AUGUUUAUAUUAGGGUUAUUUGGCAAUAUUAGCGGGAUAAUUGUAUUUUCAUCAAGAAAAUUUCGUCAUUCAACGUAUGGUCGUUUAGCACUCGCCUCUUUAUUCAUUAAUCUAUUAUGUGUAUUUCGUUAUUCGCUUAUUCUUCAUUCUGAUACACGUCGUUGGAUUGCCAAUUGGGCUGGUUAUACAUGGUUCAAUUGUAAAUUGUAUCGUUUUUCAUCAUGUCUAAGAAUUUUAUCCGCAUGGAUUACUGUAUUUUGGACAUACGAUCGAUUUUCAUAUGUUACGAGAGUUUUUCAACGAUUUUUAAAUCAAAGUCAUUUUAAACGAUAUAAAUAUUACUGUAUGACAUUUAUUACAUUGAUUAUUGUUCUACUAGUCACGGGGCCAACAGUCUAUUUCUAUGACUCACGAUAUACAUCGACGGUCUUUCGACAAGGUGUCAUAACGGAUAAUACGACCAUAAUCACGAGAUUACAGUGGUAUAUAUCAAAAUGA